AAGGGGAAACUGAAGUAAACGCCCACUUUUGGGAAGCGGAAGAUGGGGAUCUUGGGUUUCUUGCUGUAAACUGUAAGCAAUCGUCUGAACUCCAUUUAUUUCGAUGGUACAUCUGUAGUAAUUAUGAUAGCUGUGAACUCCGGAGGAUGCGAGGACAAAGUCAGUGUCGCAGGCAUGCAACGCCGGAUGGAUGGCUCGUCUAAACGUCGAGCCGACAUGUGUUGACUAUGGCAAACUGGUAAAAGGUAUCCCUCCCAUCGCGGUGCUAACCAGCCGGCGUCUCUGCUGCCAUGGAGGUGGGCAGCCUCCCCGUGGAGCUGUGGAGGGUUAUCUUAGCCUAUCUCCCUCUCCCUGACCUGGGCCGCUGCUGCCAGGUGUGCCGUGCCUGGCGGGAGCUCAUCCUCUCUCUGGAUAACACCCGCUGGAGACAGCUCUGCCUGGGCUGCCCUGAGUGCCGACAUCCCAACUGGCCUAGUCAACCUCAUCUGGAGCCCCCUUCGUGGAGAGAGGCCCUGAAACAGCAUGCCCUUGCCACCCGCACCUGGACUCAAAAUGGUCCAGAGCUCCAGUCCUCCGCCUGCCUUCUCUUCUUCCGUCGUCGGAAAGAUCGCAGGGUUUGGCACGUGGGGCCGGGAUGUGAGUUUGAGACCCUGCGCGGAGCCCUUGGGGUGGUGGGGCCUUACGACCGAGUGGUGCUCCAUCCAGGGGUGUAUGAGGAGCAGGCUGAGGUAGCGCUGAAAGUACCGGUGGAGCUGGUUGGGUUAGGUCGACUGGGCGAGGUGGCCCUCCUAGUGUGUAUGGAACAGCAGUGCCCUACUGCCAGGCUGUGUAAUCUGGUGUUCAUGCCACCCUGGUUCUCCACGGUUGUCUACAAGACAUCCUGGGGACAUGUCCAACUAGAUAACUGCAACUUUGAGGGGGCUCAGCUGCAAAUCCGCGGGCCAGGAACCUGCCAGGCUCGGUUUUGCUCCUUCUCCCAGGGCAGCUCUGCACACUUGCUGGGAGUUGUCCUGAGUUUAUUUGACAGCUGUGACUUCUCAGGAAGUGACACAGCUUCAGUGACUGUGGAAGGUCCCCCAGUCUCAGAAAGGAACUGGGCUUGUAAACAUUUGGCAGCUCUGGCUAGGACGUUCCCAUCAUGUGGCCUAUCUGAGCAUAAUAGUUCUCCCAAAGGACAUCCGGCUGCCUCCACUGGUGGACAUCAACCUCCAGGUGGUAAUGUUAAAAAGGAGAGCAUAACCAUAGGUGACUGGAAGAGGAGAACAGGGGUAGAUGCGGUAUGUCAGAGGACAGUGAUUGAAGAUGGUUGGAGUGAUGGUGAGCGCAGUGAGGGAGAGGAGAACAGAGACGAGUGGGGGGCCAACAACACCAAAAAGCAUUUUACACUGGAGUACAAAAUCCCAUGUGACCAUCAUGGCCUAUCACAUUUGCUCAACCCCCGGCCAGAUGGCUCUCUUCCACUUUCCUCUUCCCCAGAUCCCCCUUCUAUGAUCCCUGACCCUCUCACCCUACAGCAGGAGUUAAACAGAGACCCGGAGGCUCACAUGUUGGCAGCAUCGACACUUGGCUCCAUCCUCAGACGAUGCCUCUUCAGGGACGGGAAGGGCGGUGUGCAUUUGUCCAAUUAUGGACAAGCUCGACUGGAGGAGAAUGUUUUUCGUAGCCUGAACUACGCCGUGCGCUGCAUCCAAAACUCCACAAUCGUAAUGCUGAGAAACGAGGUCUGCGAAUGUCGUGCGUCAGGCGUGUUUCUGCGCCUCUCUGCUCAGGGCCUCAUAGCAGAAAACAACAUUCACUCGAACGGGGAGGCAGGGCUGGAUAUCCGAAAGGGGGCUAACCCAACCAUUGUGUGCAACAAAAUACACAGUGGUUUGCGCUCUGGGGUUGUUGUCCUUGGCAAUGGAAAAGGUUCAAUUCGAAGCAAUCAGAUUUACAACAACAAAGAAGCUGGGGUAUAUAUUCUCUUCAGUGGAAAUCCCGUGGUAAGUGGGAAUCACAUCUUCCAGGGCCAGGCUGCAGGGAUUGCUAUAAAUGAGAACGGCAGAGGAAUGAUAACAGAGAAUGUUAUUCGAGAGAACCAAUGGGGCGGUGUGGAUAUCCGCAGAGGAGGCGACCCUAUCUUACGGAACAACUACAUUUGUUACGGCUACUCAGAUGGUGUUGUGGUGGGAGAGAGAGGACGUGGACUUAUUGAGGGAAACCAGGUUUUUUGUAACAAAGGCUGCGGUGUGUGGGUUAUGUCGUCCAGCCUCCCACAGCUCCUAAGCAACUACAUCAUCCAUAACUGUAUGUAUGGGCUGGCAGUAUUCUGCAGGAAGGACCCAGAGAACAUUGAGGUCAGGGAGGGAAACUGGCCUGGGCAGGAAGGAAUCGCUGGAGAAGGAGGCGGUGCAGACAGGAGGGGUGUAGAAGGAGAGGGACGUGAAGGGCAGGAGAACUUUAAUGAAGAAGGUGAACUGUUUGCCUGGGACAGUGACCUGGACAGUGAAGAUGAGCGCCACUCUGCUCGCCGCUCUAUUAGCGUGGCCCUUGUGGAGAGCAACUGCAUGAGCUACAAUGGAGCAGUUGGUCUGUAUGUGAAGAGCACUGAGGCCCUGAAUGUUUUUGCUAACCUGAUAAACUGUAACCGUGGCCUUGGCAUUGCCGUGCUGCAAAGCAGUCAGCUGACCCGACUUGCUACAAACUGCAUUCUGGAAAAUGGUCGAGGUGGUGUUGCGGUGGAGAAAGACUGCAGAGUGGAGCUUCGUGGUAAUGGCAUCUACGAAAACAGUGGCUAUGGUGUCAGUUUCAGUGGUAAUGGGCAGAUUGUGGAGAAUGAUGUUGUUGGGAACCGUGGAUGUGGAAUCCAGGUCUGUGGAACUGCCGAUAUCAAGGUAAUGCGCAAUCGUGUCCAACCCUCACAAGGCUGUGGGAUCGCUGUGCUAGGGCCAGUUAAAGGUGUUGUCCAUGACAACAUCUUGUUCCAGGGUCACCGUGACAACAGAAAAGCGUUGCUACAUAUGGAUCCUGGCAAUGAGAGCUGUGUGCUGCGGAACAAUAGCAUUCUAAGGCAUGAUGACAGCUGUACAUCUGUUCCCCCCUGGGUUAUGGAAAACCCUCCUCCUCGCCCACUGGCCAGCUCCCCUGCUGGUCUCUCUUCAUCCCAGUAUCCCUCUGGACUUGGAAUUUCCGUGACCACCAGGAUCGGCGCAACUGUGGAAAGUGGUUGCCACAGCGGCAGCAUGUUUUGCAGCAUCCUGUGAAUACUGGCAAGAACUUACAAGCCAAUAUGAUAGCCAGGGUCAGGAGGUCAGCAUCGGGUUGCUCCUUAACUGCUGUAAACCAUACACGUGGGGCACUGACUGUCAAAGUAAGGGUUCGGUUAAUUGUCCAAGUAGCUGGAGACGGCAACUGAAACAUUAAAGGAGGCAUCCACCCUCAUUUCUAUUAAGGUGGAAGAAGAUUUUGAAAAUCUGAUAUUAGACUUUUGUACUUCUACGAUUAAAAUGCUACUGUACUCAUAAAACGUGGGCUAUUGAAAACCGAA